AAGGCUCGCAUCACUUCUCACUGAGGCAGGGGAGCCCAGCCUGAGAGCUAUCGGACACUGACACUUUAUUGCCUGUAUACGGCUUGUGAAGAAGCCUUAUCUGUAGUGUGAUCCUUAACUCUUUCAGCGAAUGGCGCUAGGCCUAGGGCCUGCCGCCGUCCCCGUAUCGGGAUACACUCCCAUGCUCAUUCUCCCUACCCUGAACUUUACGGUGGGCCAGGUGGCUGCAGUGUGUGAGACGCUCGAGGAGAGCGGAGACAUUGAACGUCUGGGCCGAUUCCUGUGGUCGCUGCCCGUCGCUCACCCGAACUGUGCGGACUUGAACAAGAACGAAGCAGUGCUCCGAGCCCGGGCGCUUGUGUCUUUCCAUACGGGCAACUUCCGUGAAUUGUAUCACAUCCUAGAAAAUUACCGUUUUUCUAAGCAUUCCCACGCUAAGCUGCAGGCUAUGUGGCUCGAGGCACACUAUCACGAGGCAGAGAAACUCCGCGGCCGACCGCUAGGUCCAGUAGACAAAUACCGGGUUAGGAAGAAAUUUCCCUUACCCCGGACCAUCUGGGACGGAGAACAGAAAACUCAUUGUUUCAAGGAACGCACGAGAAGUCUUUUACGAGAAUGGUAUCUACAAGAUCCCUAUCCAAAUCCGACGAAGAAGCGAGAACUGGCGCAAGCAACCGGCCUCACCCCGACCCAGGUGGGAAACUGGUUCAAGAACCGUCGCCAGAGGGAUCGUGCUGCUGCUGCGAAAAAUAGACUUCUUCAACAACAGCUGCACCGUCACCAACAGCAACAUCUAAGUCGACAUAUGUCGAGUGGGAACGAUACGGCGACCAGCCAGGGCAACCCGUCUCCGGUUAAUCAGCGAACCUCCCACUCUUCGGAGCGAAGACCGACUACCGAGGAAACGGAGAGCACCAACGGGAGUUGUGGCAGUUGCGGCGGUAUCAGCUUUCCUCUUGAAAGCCCCGCAGCCGUGUCGACCAGUACGGAAUCCAGUUGUAGUCCUUCGCCUGUCCACGCUCACGGACAGUGACCCUGAUUGAAAGAUGGACGUUUUGCUUACCGUCUCACGAUAAGUUUAUUUAUAGAUAUUACAAUUGUACAGGUCGGAAGGGAAAAAUGACAUUCUGUUUAUUUCUUGUUAAUCCUUCACUUUGUCAAAAAAAAAGAAAAGAAAGAGAGAGACAGAAGAAAAUCUACAGCCUUUGAAGGUAUUAUUUACAUUUAGAUGUGCAGCCUUUGCACAGUUUGUACAUACAGAUAUAUUCUAUUCCACUGAGCUCUACACGUGGUAUAAAGUUAUCCCUAACCGUACCUCUCUCUCUUCACACUAGAGACUAAUAAAAGGCACAUAUCUGAACUUCUGUGAAUUUUGCAGUGCUCAGCACAUCAAAGCUAUAUGGAUACAGGCACGUCGAACCCUAUUUAUCGUGCCUGGUUUGAUAUAGAAGGCCGUUUUCUUGUCAUCAAAGAUAUACUGCAUCUUGAAACCAAUUACUGACUUUAGUUUCCUUCUUGCUUUAGGCAAUUUUGAACAGAUUCCAAGAUCUGGUAAAUAAGAAACACUAAAUAAGUAUGUUAUUCAACAGUGUAGGAAACAUGGUACAGCUGAAUAAGACUAGAAGUUGACUAGGAAUCUUAACCCGAAGAAGUAAUUAUUUGUUAAAGAAAAAAUAAGUCCUGUGUAUUAUUAUCUUAUUGAUAUAGUUUCAGAAUUUCUAGAUACAUUGUGAUUAGAACUCGUAUAAAUCACAAAGGUGCUUAAGACAGUUUUGUAAAAUCUGCAGUAAAAUUUUGAAAUAAUUAUCUGAAUUGUAGGUUUGAUUAAGUAAACUUAUUUCUUGUAAAAUUUGAUUUUAAAAGAUUAAUACACCUUACAGACAUGCAAAUUAGGUCAGUGAAUGCUAUGUUAUAGUACACAUAGGACAUUUAUUUUUAUUAUGUCUCGUUAUAUCUUGAUUAAUUUGAAUUGGCUAGACCGUUUAUAAAAUGCACUCCCACCCUCCACUCAGAGUGGCUCAGCGGCAAGCUGCCAGUGAAUAUUUUUUAUAAAUAAUAUUAUGAUUUAGUAAAUUCACAUAUAAAAGUUCUUGAUUUCAACUCCACAGUUAUCAUACCUCGUCACCCGUUGAAGUGCACGUGACAUUAAAAAAAUAUUUCAGGCUUAAGAGUGACGUUUUAAGUACAUCCCUGUUAUUAUGUGAUAUUUUGUCAAAUGCUGUUGACCGAAAAUGCUUUUGUGUUUUCUGAAGACGAAAAUAUUUAAUUUCAAAGUUUCUAAAUCAGACAUUACCUAUGUUUUCCAAAAUAUUUUUAUGUUUGCUUGAA